AUGGGUGGGCAGCGCAGGCAGAAGCUCGAGACUGCCGCCCAUGCCGCUGCAAACCGGGAAAGGGCGGCCGACGCCGCUGAUGCUCAUGAUGCGCGCCCGAGGUGGCCGUUGGUUUUGGCCGCUUCUUUGCUGGCCUCGGCGGCUUUCGCCCUGCCCAAGAAGGCGCAGGAUGAAGCCACAAGGCCGCAGCAGGAGAUGUCGAAGAAGACGGUGAAGAAGUUUAGCCACAAGGUCUACCAGAUGGAAGACUCCCAGGCACUGGAUUUCCUGGAGCGGUGGUACCAGGGCCAGGAGGAUCUAGGCGGACUCGCGCGCAUGCCCCCCAAAGUCCGGCAAAGCUUCCGGACCAUGUUCAACAACAUCAUCAAGACCGCUGGAAAAGACGGCACAAUGUCGGAGAGCGUCCUGUGGUACCAGCGGAUGCGAGCUGCGAAGAUUGAUGUCAACCCAAGGACGUUCGGCAAGCUUGUGGCGGCAGCUGCGAGCAGAGGGCUGGUGGAGGAGGCUGAGCUCUGGCUCGAGACCAUGGUGGGGGAGGGUCUCCAGCCGGACCUGGUCACCAUGUCCUCAGUCAUCGCUGCCUGCUGCGAGGCGAAGGAGCCUCUUCGCGCCGAGCGCUGGUUCCAGCUGUUGCUGCAGCAGCGCUUGACCCCAGACCUGUUCGUCUACACCAGCAUGGUGGACGCGCACGCCGAAGCGGGGGAUGGCGACAAAGCCGCCGCGUGGCUUCAGCGGGCCGUGGAUGCAGGAAUUGAUGUCAGCACGGCAUGCUACAACGCCGUGAUAAAGGCGUACUGCCGCCAGGGCGAUCUGGAGGUAGCCAAUGAGUGGCUGGAGAAAGCCAAGGCAGCCGGCCACACGCUUGACAUCAUGUCGUACAACACCGUCUUGAACUUCUUCGCCGAAGAGGGGGACAUCAAGGCGGCUGAGGACUGGCUGGACAAGAUCAAGGCCUCGGGGUUGCAGCCGGACCAGGUGUCCUUCAACACCAUGAUCAAAGCGGCGAGCGUGUCCAAGCGAUUGUCAGAGACGGAGAAGUACGUGAAGGAGAUGGCAUCAUACCGCCUUCAGCCUACCGCGGCGACGUACGUGACUCUGGUCUCUGCGUAUGCGGACAAGGGCGAUCUGAAGAAUGCCCAGCUUUGGUACGACAAGGCGGAGGCCGCGACGGGAGAGAAAGUGAGGGCCAAGACCGUUGCCGCGCUUGUCAAGGCAUACGUGAAGGCCGGGGACGUGCAGGGUGCCGAGCGCUGUCUCGCCGACGCCGUCAAGAAGGACGGUAUGGAGCUGAACAAUGUGGUGUACACCACCAUGAUCAACGCCUACGCGGAGAGCGGGGACGUGGAUGGGGCAAGCGCCUGGUUCCGGCGCGCGCGCGAGAAAUCCCGCGAACGCUUAAAUCUGUGGAGCUACAAUGCCAUGAUCAAAGCAUGCGCCAAUGCUCGAGAUCCCGCGAGAGCCCAGCAAUGGUUCAACAUUGCCAUUGAAGACGGCCUCAAGCCGGAUGUCUGGAGCUACACCCUGAUGAUCUCGGCCUGCGGGAAAGCCGGCCGCGUGGGCGAGGCAAGAAGAUGGCUAGAGAGAAUGGAACCGGCCGGCGUCCAGCCCAACGUUGUCUCCUAUACCGAGGCCAUUAAAGCAGGAGCGCAGUCGCGAACAAGCAAGGCGCCUGGCCUUCGAGAGUACCAGCUCUUUGCCAGGAUGCUCUCCGAGGGGGUGUGGCCUACGGUUGUCACCUACAACUUCCUCCUGCAGUCCAUGGUGAGGAGCAGGCCGAAAAUGAUGAGGGAGGCAGAGGAUGUGUUCAGACAUAUGGCGCAGUGCAAGCUCAAGCCCAACAAGUUCACGCAGAUCAACCUGGCCAGGGUGCUGGGUCUGGAACGGACCUUGGAGCUCUGCAAAGAGCUGGGCUUCAAGGUGGCGCCCGACCUUCACUGA